AUGGCUUGGCAAGAUAUCGUCGCUGAGAAACGACGUGUCCAGGUGAAGGCAAUCAUACAGUUCACAGCCUCGCGCUGGCACACUGAGUCCGAGAAGCUAGAUUGCAGUGUUAAUCUGUUAAAGUCUGUCGAUGAUGGAGAAAUUGUUCGCAAAAUUGCAUGCGAGGAGAUUUCCAGUGAAGCCCUCACCGCAAGUCGAGUUAGAAAUUUAACGGAGGUCUGCUUCAAAGACGCUUUAGAGGCUGCCAAAAACCUCGACAAGUAUCUGGCCGAACAUCAUGAACCCAUAGGGCCACUACACGGUGUGGUGACGACCUUGAAGGAUCAAUUUAAUGUCAAAGGCUAUGACACAACACUAGGAUACGUCGGACGAUCAUUUUCUCCUGCCGAGCAAGAUGCCACCGUGGUCAAGAUGUUGAAGUCACUAGGAGCUGUCAUCGUGGCGAAGACCAACCUGCCCCAGAGCAUUAUGUGGUGUGAGACGGACAAUCCUCUCUGGGGCUUGACGAAUAACCCUUAUAACCCCGACUACACACCAGGCGGCUCUACUGGAGGCGAGGCUGUCCUGGUUGCCGGUGGUGCCAGUAUGCUCGGAAUGGGAACUGACAUAGGCGGGAGUAUCCGCAUUCCUUCGCACAUGAUGGGCAUUUACGGCUUCAAGCCAAGUGUGAGUCUUGUCGAUCCCUAUCCGACACUACCAAUUUUUGCGGGGUAUUUUGCUAAGAAGUCCGUCUUCCAGAGCGCGAGGCUACCUUACAAUGGAGUACCAGUCUCUACGGAAGGCCAGGAGCAUGUGCCAUCUUCAGUUGGACCUAUGGCCCGAAGCCUGGGCAUGAUCCAGUUGGCAAUGAAGUCACUCAUUGACUCAAAGCCUUGGCAGCUUGAUUCCAGAUGUGCACCAAUUCCGUGGCGACAAGAGUCGUACCAAGAUGUCAUUUCGCGGCCCCUUGUCAUCGGCGUGCUUCGGGACGAUGGUGUUGCCCGGCCACAUCCACCAAUCUCGCGCGUGCUCGAGGAAGCCGUGGAAGCCCUCCGCCGUGCAGGACACACAGUCAUCGAGUGGAAUGCCGACCUCCACCCGGAGUGUAUCCAGGUCCUGGACGAGUUCUACACCGCAGACGGCGGUGAAGAUAUCCGUACCGCCAUCGCAGCCGGCGGCGAACCCUUCAUUCCGCACGUGGAGAAGCUUGUCAACCGGGGCAAAGCAAUCUCAGUGUUUGAGUACUGGAAUCUCAACCGGCGAAAGUGGGCUUUGCAGCAGGCCUACCUGGAGAAGUGGAAUUCCAUACGCACGAGUGAUGGGAGGAACGUCGAUGCGCUUCUCACGCCUCCGAUGCCUCACACUGCCGUACCACACAAAGGCUGCAGAUGGGUAGGAUACACGAAGAUUUGGAAUGUUCUCGAUUAUACCGCUCUGGUCAUACCGGGUGGUUCAGCUCGCGAAGAAGACGUUGGGGCACAGUGGGAUUUCGAACCGCGAGGAGAGGUGGACGAAUGGAGUUUGGACUUGUGGAAAGACAACAGGGACGAAAUGGCCCGACUUAAGUUACCUGUUGGGCUGCAGAUCGUGGGACGCAAACUAGAGGAAGAGAAGGUUCUUGGUGUUGGGAAAAUGGUGGAAGAUCUGCUUAGAGCUCGCAAUGGAGCUUAG